UGCUUUCCCAGUCUAGGUUUCAUUGUACUUUUCCUUUUUACGUAUUCUUUACUAUUUGACAUUUAAGUGUUUUUUGUCUCUGGAAUUAAAUGGUUAAAGAAUUAUGAUUGUUUUGUGAAAUUGCAGCUUCACCCGCUGGUAUUGGGGAGAGGUUAGCAGAAGAUGAAUGUUUUAAAGAACAAGGAAAAUAUUGGUGAGAGGAGCAGGCGAAUGUUGGGAUUCUUUACUAUGGCUCAGAGUAACAGUUGCUGGCUUGUUGCUAUUCAUGGUCGGCUCCGCUCUAGAUCUCCUGGGCACUAGAACUGGAUUUUUAUGUUCCAGCUUUUUAACUACUGUGGAAGACAACUUAAGUGCAAAAUUCCAAUGUGAUGGCAAAUGGGAAGGAGCCCCCUUUCUUUAAUAAGGAUAAAGUGGAAUCUUUUCAUUACAAGCUGCCAUUUUAUGAAAGUAUGGAACUUUUUAUUGAAACACUUACAGGAACAUCCUUUGAACUGAGGGUAUCUCCAUUUGACACAAUCAUUUCUGUGAAGGUGAAAAUUCAAAGACUGGAAGGAAUUCCUGUAACGCAACAGCAUUUGAUAUGGAACAAUACAGAACUGGAGGAUGACUACUGCUUGAAUGAUUACAGCAUUUCUGAAGGUUGCACUUUGAAACUUGUCCUUGCCAUGCCAAAAAAAUGUGGUAAAGCAAAGCCGCGACCUCCAAUGGCUCCCAGAUCAUCUUGUACCUCCGUAACAUCUGUACGGAACAGGAUUUUUAGAGUGCUUCCUGGUAUUGGACAGUCAUUAAAUUCACCUUGCCUUCCAGUAGUUGAACAGCAUACUUCAGACUCUUCUCAUCAUGCACUUUUAUCACUUGCCAGUUUAACAGUUGCUGGCAGUUUAGCACCAUCUUCUAAUAUUGCUUCAACAGUUGAUGAAGGAACAUGUAACAGUGUAGUAUAUGCUGCUGAAGAUGGUAUUAUGCUUCCUCCAGAAGUAUCCAGUAUUCCUUUAGAAAAUCACUCAUUACAAAAGAACAAGGCUUGUUUUCAGGAGAUGGUUGCUGCUUCUGAAAGUCCAGUACUGGAAAGUCAGGAGAUAACUUUCUGUCAUCGAGCUGUUAAUUCAGAAUUGGAUCUCUUGAUGAAAAAGAGUGAAACUCAGAGGAGUGAAAAUGUAGUUAGUUUAUGUGAAGACCCGAACAAGAAUGAUAGUUCCAAUGGGGCUGAUGGCAAGAGAAGCACGUUUGUGGAACUGGGACAGUCUGUGAAAGAACUUGCUUGUAAUGAUGCUGUCUGUGCGAUGCUUUCAGAUUCUUUGAGUUCUGAGAGUAUGGAAACUGGCGAUAGUAGCAACAGUGAAGUGUCUUUCAAGAAUGGUGGAGUAUCAUCACCUAUUAGUUCUGUACAAGUGCCCCAUAGCCCCACAAUUAAAUCCCAAAAAUCAACCAAAACCAGUACAAUCAGUACCUUAAGACCUUCUACAUCAUACAAUUUGCUUCAUUCUACAGACAUGGGUAGUCUUCCUGAUGUAGGAAGGACUUCUGUGUUUCGAGGAGUUAAAGUGGCUUCACCUGGUAGAAGAUCAGAUAUAAUUUCAAAGUUAGAAGCUAGAGAUAUUACAGAAAGGGCAAACAAGGCAACAAAGGAGCCUUUAGCUAUGAUGAGCAACUUUGGUAUUUUAACUUCGCUGGUACGAAGCGCAAACACCAAUUUACAUGGUUACUAUGGAACGGGAAGGCUUCGAACAACUGGAGUUGUACUUCCAUCAAAUUUUCAACAUUCCCAAGAAGCAGCUCUUAGAAGGACAUCCCCAUCAUACAGAGCUCAAGAAGUAUUUAUUUCUCCCCAUUGCCAAGGACAAACUGGAAGCAACUCCUGUACUGGGAAAAGAGUGGGUUCACCAACACUUUACUUUCCGCCUGUGAAAACUCCUGCACAAGUAAAAAAGAAACACACUAAGCACUGCUUUCUAUGUGGAAAGAAAACCGGAUUAACAACCGGCUAUGAGUGCAGAUGUGGAAACAACUUCUGUGCUGUUCAUCGUUAUGCAGAGACACACGACUGCACUUUUGAUUACAAGGCAGCAGGGAGGAAAUACCUGCAGGAAGCCAACCCUGUCAUUAGUGCACCAAAGCUUCCAAAAAUAUAGGGAUUUCUAGUGUGACAUGCAACUACUUCCUGCAGGAGUUGUGCAAAUUUGUUAUACAUUUAUUUUACUCUGUUCCAAAAUAGACUUUGCAAAGCAACAGGAACACGUUACAUAAUAUUUAUUAAUAAUGUGAACACUACUGUAGUUUGCAUCUUUAUUCCUUAAUGAAAUUUUACAUAAUUGUCGUUUUAAAGAAUUUCCACCAUACUGUCUUUCAUUUAUAUUGCACGUGUCCCAUAUUUUAUAUUUGGUGUCGGUAACUCCACUAGACAAGUCUUCAAAGGAUGCACUUUAUGAUUAACAUUUGUGUUUAACCCAUCAGGGAUUUGUUACAAGGGCAUGUUUUUCUCUGUGUUGCAGUGUUUUGUCUCUUCCUGUUCAUUGCAUUUGUUUUAAGUUAUUUCACAUUAAACAGGUUCUUGCACUUUUGGCCCAAAUGUUUGUCAGAACACCUUUGGUGUCAGAGAAUUGCUAUAGGUAGGUGCACAAUAGGAUUUUUCAUCCAGUUUUAAAAAAAUCAUGUCAUCACUGAAACACAUUAUUUUAACUGAAUAUAUUGUACAUUUCUGAAUAAAGGAAUUUUCCCUUGUGUGCUAAUUUUAUCUAAACAUUUUGUGAAUAACAGAUUUUAAAAAUUUUCAAGUUCUGUUUACCAAAACUGGGUGCAAUUACCCACAAUUAAUAAAUUUUUAAUUGAUUA